UCUAUGUGUCUCUGCAUGUUUCUCUCAGGUGAGACUAUAAAAAUAGUGAUAGAGGAGUAUGUGCAGCACCUCAGUGGAUACCUGCUGCAGUUGAAGUUUGAUCCCACCCUGCUGUAUAACUCCCAAUUCCAGUAUUCGAACCGUAUCUCUCUGGAGUUCAGCCAGCUCUACCACUGGCACCCCUUGAUGCCUGACAGCUUCCAUAUUAAUGGAGAUGAACUGUCAUACACACAGUUCAUCUUCAACACUUCUGUUCUCACACGAUACGGCAUUGAGAAGCUGGUGGAUGCCUUCUCUCGGCAACCUGCUGGCCAGAUUGGUGGUGGCCAUAACAUCAAUGCUGUGGUGACCAAAGUGGCUGUGAGCACCAUCAAGGAGUCCCGCCAACUCCGCUUGCAGCCCUUCAACGAGUACAGGAAGCGCUUUAACCUUAAGCCAUACACAUCGUUCAGACAGUUCACUAGUAACGAGGAGAUAGCCCGCGAGCUUGAAGAGUUCUACGGUGACAUUGAUGCUGUUGAAUUUUAUCCUGGUUUGAUGUUGGAGGAAACACGACCGGGGUCCAUAUUUGGAGAGAGCAUGGUGGAGAUGGGUGCCCCCUUCUCCCUUAAAGGCCUCAUGGGAAACCCUAUAUGUUCUCCAGAUUACUGGAAGCCCAGCACCUUUGGAGGCAAAGUCGGCUUUGACAUAGUGAACUCUGCCACACUGAAGAAGCUGGUCUGUCUGAACACCAGGACGUGUCCUUACGUGGCGUUUAAAGUACCAACAGAGGAGCGAUCGCAAAGAGGGAAUGUUGACAGUAAAGUAAAGACUGAUGAGCUAUGACCCUUUGCAAACACUGGGAGUUUAUGGUUUGAGAUCCCUAUAUGAAGGUAAAAGAGGUGGCUGCUAAAAAAAACAAACAACAAAAGUGUUGUGAUGUUUGUGUGGAGAACAUACAGUAAUGCUUGUUUAAAGAGCACUGGAAAGUCACACAGGCUCAAAACAUUGAAGGCUUAAACGUGUGAUUUUUGUUAAAUGCUUUGUGCCUAAAGAAUGAAAUACCAUCAAAAUACAUGUUCACACUCUCCAGUAAUAAAAGUAUACUGUCUGUAGCUUUAUUUUAAAAGAAAUGAUGACGAUGCAAAUAACCAUUCAUUGAAAUAAAAUUUUAGACACAACAUGGAUUAUUGUCAAAUCAUUUAAAUUUCCAGUAAUUAAAAUAAUGUUUUUGACUACC